AUAUUUUUUUACAGUCCACAGCAGACGUGUGUUCUAUUCACUCCCUGUUAGUUUUCUUCAUAAUCUGCAACUAUGUCUCUGACGUGGGCUGGUGAAAAUAAUGAUUACACAAAGGAACUACCAACUGUAUUGCCCGAAGCCGAAUUCAAUGCGAUGACCGACGCCCAAAAAUUGCGGGCUGCCAUGAAGGGAUUUGGUACGAAUGAAGAAGCCAUCAUCGACAUUCUUUGCUAUCGAUCCAACGCCCAGCGCCAGAGUAUUUCGAAAGCAUUCACACUCCAAUUCAAUCGAGAUAUCAUUGCUGAUUUCAAGAGUGAACUGAGUGGCAAUUUCAAGAAGCUCAUUUUGAGUCUGAUGAUGCCACCGGAAGUACACUGCGCCAAGCUUCUAAACAAAGCAAUGAAGGGAGUUGGCACUAAUGAGGACGUUUUGGUGGAAGUCCUCUUCUCCCGUCCCUACGAUGAGAUAACAAGGAUUGCUUUGGCCUACGAGUGUUUGUACAAUACUCCCUUGGAAAAGGAUGUCCGAGAAGAUACCUCGGGGCCAUUUCAACAGUUGCUUCUCAACGCUCUCCAGAGAAAGAGUGAUCAAACAAGUGGCCAUGGAGAUUUUGCUUAUGAUCCAGUUAAAGCCCAAGAAGACGCACGAAAUCUUUACACCGCUGGAGAAGGAAAAAUCGGGACAGACGAAAACGUCUUCGUAGACGUCUUUGGCUUUGCCGCCCAAUGUCGUCGUCAGACUUCCGAGAUGUUUAAAAUGUACAAGAAGAUUUCCGGAAAAACAAUUGAACAGGCUCUCAAAUCCGAAAUGUCUGGAGAUCUCUUGCAUGGUCUUAAGGACAUUGUGGAAAUCGUUCACAACCGACCAGCUUUUUUUGCCCACCGUUUGGAGGUAGCCAUGAAAGGAUUGGGGACAAAUGACAAUGCUCUGAUCCGCAUCAUCGUCGAUCGGUCCGAAAUUGAUUUGGUCAACAUCAAAUCGGAAUAUGAGCGCAUCUAUUGCAAAACACUUCUUAGCUCAGUCCAGAGCGAAACUUCCGGUGAUUAUCGUCGCGCUCUUAUUUGUCUCAUCAAAACUGCCGAUGAUUGAUUUCACUGUUUACUUUUGCCAAGUAUAUUUUGUUUUGAUGUACCAAAUUUAUUGUGAUCGAUCUUGUGUCCGUCGUUGUGGCCAUUCCUGAUUGCUGCAUUAAGCAAAUGCGGAGGCAACACUUAUUCUGGGAUUUUAAUUUUUUCAAUAUCUCAAUGUAAUUGGGUAAAAUAUACAGACAUGUAGCCAACUA